AUGGGGAAUUCUAAGAGUGGGGCACUGUCCAAGGAACUUCUGGAGGACCUGAAGUCCAAUACUAAGUACAACGAGGCCGAGCUGUGUGUCUGGUACCAGUCCUUCCUCAAGGAAUGCCCCACAGGCAGGAUCACCAAGGAGCAAUUUGAGGGCAUCUAUGCCAGCUUCUUCCCUAAUGCAGAUCCUACUGAGUACGCAAGGCAUGUCUUUAGGAGCUUUGAUACCAACGCAGAUGGUCAACUGGACUUUAAGGAGUACAUUGUGGCCCUGCACCUUACCUCCGGAGGCAAGACCCUGCAGAAGCUAGAGUGGGCCUUCGCCCUCUACGACGUGGAUGGAAACGGAACCAUCAGCAAAAAUGAGAUCCAAGAGAUUGUUAAGUCAAUAUUUAACAUGAUCCCCGAGGAAGACCAAAAGGACCUGCCUGAAGAUGAGAACACACCUGAUAAGAGAGCAGACAAAGUCUGGGACUUUUUUGGAAAGAAAGAAGAUGGUAAAGAUUGCAGAAGGGAAUUCAUUCAAGGAGUGAUGGACAACAAGGACAUCCUACGGUUGAUUCAGUAUGAUGAGCCCCAGAAAAUCAAGGACAAACUGAAGGAGAAGAAACAAUAG